GACUAACGCUCCUCUAGAUUCAUGAUAACGACCUUGACUGAGAUUAGAAGAGCGUCACUAGAGCAGCUAACCCAUCUAUUCCCUGUUUCUCUUAAAAACCCGUAUCUAAAUAUCUGGCCAGAUCUACCUCAGCCUUGGCUUUUGUCAUUACUCUGUCCCCUAGGCUGCCUAUAAAUUAGAUAAGUUACCCGACUCGUCUUCCCACCCUAUACACCAUAGAAGAAUACACUAUAGAACAAAGACACCAUGCCCAUCCACCAGGCCGACUCAAGCGGCACCUCCACCAAAGACCAGGACCCUUACCACCCAAUCCUCCAAGCCUACCUCGCCGACAACAACCUUUCCUCCCCGGAAGCCGCCACCACCAUCGCCGCCACCACCCUAUCCCCUCCAGCCUCCGGCGAAUCCCUCGAAGACAACCUCGCCCACCUAUGGCGCCAAAUCCUGGACCUCGCCGCCCAAACCCCCGCGCACCAGGCCAAACUCGUGGACCUACUCACAGCUCUAUCCCAUCUCCCGGACGCUCCCGCACCCAGAGCAGCCGAUCAAGCCGAAGACGCCCAAGGCCCGCUAACCGUGCACGACAUGCGCGUCUGGCAAGACCUACCGAUGCUGGGCUGGGAGAUCCGCCACCGGUGGAACGACUCCGUCCCAGAGAACAAGGGGACGGAGGGGGAGCGAGCCGCGGCGAUCGCCAGGAUCGUGAACGUGAAUCGCUUCGUCGCGCGGCUGGUCGCCACGCGCGAGCCGGGCUUCCGGGCGCACGCGUGGUUCGCGCUCGUGACGCUGCGGCGGGCGCUGGAGACGCCGUGGGGGCAGAUGGCGCCGGAGGAUCCCCUCGCGGCGUGGGUGCCGGCGGCGGCGGCGUGGGUGGAGGUGCUCGGGGCGGAGAUCUACGGGUGGGAGGAGGAGUAUGCGGCUGGGCCGGGGGUGGGUGCGAGAGGUCGCGGCGGGCCCCUGUGGAAGGGGAAGCAUGGUUUCUGUCGGGAGCGGUGGGGGCUGUGGAGGGAAAGGUUUGGCGAGGUGGCCGGGAUGGAAGGGGAAGAUGAGGGUGUCCGGAGCGUGGCGCGGGAGGCGGAGCGGAGGAUGAAGGGGAUUGAGGCCGGGGGGGUGUAGAUGGAUAAGGUAGUAUCAUGAUUUAUGAACCUCAUUCUCUAUGUUCAGAUAUAAUCCUCGAACUAUAUCUAUUAUCGCCUGUCUCUCGUUGGGCCCUCGAUGGCAAGUUCCUAGCGACUUGUAGUCUACAUGAU